CUAUUGGGCGGAGCUGGCCUCGCCCUCCAACCUCGUGCCCAGAGCAUCCCGGAGGCAGCAUGGAGCCCAGACUUCUGCUCCUGCUCUGGCUUGGGCUGAGCGCCAGGAUCCAGGCUGUAUAUUUCAAGGUCCCCAGCCCCGAAAUGAGGAUCCGGCCCCACAACAUCCUCCCGGUGGGCAGCCCCGUCACCAUCAGCUGCUACACGCCCAUGAUCGCCGACUACUUCCGCCUGAUCCGAUUGGACUUUUUAGAGGAGGGAAUCGCGGGCGAUGAGAUCCCGUCCAUUUACCCCGGGCACGAGGUCCACAUGUACCACCCGGCCAUCAGGCCCGAGCAUGCCGCCAGGUACUACUGCCAGUACCGGCUCAGCGAAUUCUGGUCCUUCCCGAGCUCCUACAUGGACCUGAUAAUCUCAGGUUUCUACAGCAGCCCGCACCUGGUCAUGACCCCCACCAAGGUCAAGGAGGGCGGCUCGGUGAGCGUCAAGUGCACUACGGGCGGCGAACGCCUAAUCAUCUGGAACCUGAUCAAGGGGGUGACGGACUUCCGGGGCUACGUGACGUCCGCCGUGGACCUGCAGCUCGAGGAGACCCUGAGCAACCUGAAGCCCAGCCAGUCCGGGCAGUACGCGUGCUACGGCAACAACGGCACCCACCAGCGCCUGUGGUCCCUCCCUAGCAACUUGGUGACCCUCACCGUGGGGGAGCAGCGGGCCUCGGCUCCCAGGGCUGCUCGCGGGACCCACGUCAGCCGCGUGUUCCUGGCGCUGCUUCUCCUGCAGAGCCGCUGGAUGUAGGGCUGCCCCGCCGGGCGGGCACUAGGAUGGAGCUGGACGUCUUCCCCACGCCCCCCACCCCGCUGAAUAAAGUGCCCCCAAAGGUG